UUUGGGCCUAGGCCCAACGAUAGAGGGAAUAAAGCCCAUGCACCUAGGGUUUCGGUCGACUGGAAUAUAUAGCCUUUCAUCAUCUCUACUGGAGCUGUCUGUGAGGUUCUCGCAGCCGUUCCCCGAUUUCACUUCGUUCCCUUACCAACACACAUACGCACGCAAUGGCUCCAAAGAAGGGCGCAAAGCUACCUGCCGCCGCCAAGAAGAAGGCCCCGGAGAAAGCUGUGAAUCCUCUCUUUGAGAAAAGGCCCAAGCAGUUUGGUAUCGGAGGCGCUCUUCCGCCGAAGAAGGAUCUUCACCGAUUUGUGAAAUGGCCACAGGUCGUAAGAAUUCAGAGGAAAAAGAUGAUCUUGAAGCAGCGGCUGAAGGUUCCGCCUCAAAUUAAUCAAUUCUCUAAAACCUUGGACAAAAAUCUGGCUACAAAUCUCUUCAAGAUGCUUCUUAAAUAUCGACCUGAGGAUAAAGCACAGAAGAAAGAGCGUCUUCAGAAGAGAGCUCAGGCAGAAGCUGAAGGUAAAACUCCUGAGAUCAAGAAACCUAUCGUGGUGAAGUAUGGCCUCAACCAUGUGACCUAUCUGAUUGAACAGAACAAAGCACAAUUGGUUGUAAUUGCUCAUGAUGUUGACCCGAUUGAGUUGGUCGUGUGGCUUCCUGCCUUGUGCAGGAAGAUGGAGAUCCCUUACUGCAUUGUAAAGGGAAAAGCACGGUUGGGGACUAUUGUCCACAAGAAGACCGCCUCUGCUUUGUGCCUGACAUCCGUAAAGAAUGAAGACAAGCUCGAGUUCAGUAAGAUACUCGAGGCUAUCAAGGCCAAUUUUAAUGACAAAUACGAUGAGACAAGGAAGAAGUGGGGCGGCGGUGUAAUGGGUUCCAAGUCUCAGGCAAGGACCAAAGCUAAAGAGAGAGUUCUUGCCAAGGAAGCUGCUCAGAGAAUGACCUAAUAUGAGUUGUGGCUAUAUGUGCUAGUAUCUGUGCUCUCUUGAUUAUUUCCUUGUUUCUACCGUUACCCCAGGUUCAGAGAUUUGAUGUGAAUUUUGGUUACAUGACUUGUUUGUUGGGGGUAGGCCCUCAAUAUGAAUUGAGCUAUCUCUAUAUCUAUUUAUCUUUGAAAGUUAUAAAUCUUGUUGGCGAUGAUACUAUUUUGUUAGUAAUACAAAAUAUUUUACUUCAA